AUGGAGAAGGUCUGCUUAGAGUCUCGAGGCUUGGAAGAUGAUGAUAACGAUGAUAACCACCUCACCUACUUCUGCUGCCCUGCACAUGCUCCACCCCAGUGCAAGAGCUAUGACUGUCAGGUGAAGGAUCUGGGAGAACCCGUCCCAUUUUCCCUAAAGCCCAGACAGUCUUACAUGGUGAAAAAUGAAGGAGUGAAAAACAGAAUAUAUGCCAAGAGGUUGGUGAAGCAUGCACUGGAGCUUGAGGAGGAAGAUGAGGAGUUUCAGGCACCUUUGUACAAAGGCAAGGAAAUGCCUGGCAGCUUGGCCAAAGAUGAGGACCAUCCCUGGACCUGUCACCUUCCUGUGCAUCAAAAGUCGCAUGUUCUCCCAACUGUGGGUAUGGCACCGCAUGGCUCCUGUGGCUCUUUUCAAGGCAGUGUGGGCAAGGACUUGGGGAUGGAUACCUUUGCCCCAUGGGCCCAUGCCAGUGACCCUUAUCGGGGGUACUCAGAGGGCAGCAGGGGAGUGGAGCCCCACGUGCUGCACAAGGAGGCCAUCGGGGACAGGGAGUUCCCAUCCCUGCAGCCAACCUACGACACGCUUAGGGAGGAGAACGCAGUGCUCAGGAGGGCGGUCAGGAGCAUGCAGAGCUCCUUGGAGAGCCAGGCAUGCACAGCGCAGAGGCUGGAGAGGCAGCUGAAGGCCAGCCUGGACAAAGAGAGGGAAGUCCAGAAGCUACAGUCCUUUGUCCAGCAGACCGAGCAGAGUCUUCAGCUAAUGACCCAGAGGGCUCUGGAAGCAAAAAGCAACGUGGAGAAGCUGAAGCGGGAGAUCUUUAUUCUGCAGGAAGAGCUGGAGAGCUCCAAGGUGGAGAACGAAAACCUAAGAGCGGGCCAAAUGACUGACCUAGGGGCAGUGAAGCAAAACACAGACUUUGCCUUGCAGAACCUCCACGAGAUAAUAAUGGGUGCAAACUGGUCCAUCAGAGAGCUUACCGCUGGAGUGCAGUCGCUGCAUUUUGUUGCUGAGGUCCUUAAAUCUAUCGGCAAAAUUUUCGAGGUUGAAGCAGAAAAAGAGCUAUGA